AUGUGCCAGCGACUGGCUCAAGUGGAGGACGAGCUAAAGAAAUUCAAGAUUUCCGGAGAAGCCUCCUCCUCCCAGGGGCCACCGAUCGCUCGCCUGCAGGCCGACCUGGAAAAGGCUCAACAACUUCUAUCGGCAGAGCAACAGAAGUCGGCUGACCAGGCUAAUAGGCUGGGCCAGAUCGAGGCGCAAUUAAAGACUUACGACCGGAAACUCAAUCUGGCUUUCACAAGGAAACAACGGGCCAUCGACGACCUGGAACAGAAGAACAAGGAGGCUCGACAAUUGGCCGAGAAGCUCAAGAAUGCGAAGAACUCCUUGGUUGCCGAGCGGGAGAGCCAUUCGGCUAAGGAGGCGGAGCUUCAAGAUCAAGUGAAGCGCCUUGAAGAGGAUCUGGAGGCCUCCCGCGUUGCACUAACGGCCUACCAGGAGGCUGAACCGGGUCGCUUUGCGGUCCUGAGGCAACAAUACCUCCGCUCAGACUAG